UUAAAUGUUUGAGUAUAUUGAAUAAAAUACUUUUGUCAUCAAUCAACAACAGAAAAUAUUAAGUUUGUGUAACAUGUAAAAAUGAGUUUCAACAUCCUUCCUGUUUGAAUUGAGACCGUUCAGACCGCAGAGGGCAACCCCGUAGCAUAUGUUCGUAUCGUGCACAACAGUUUCUGGAUUCUUGUGGCCUCGUGGGAGAAGAGGUGUGUUUGCCCUUGACUGUGUUCGACAACCUUGGUGCACACUCUCUCGGAGGAUUUGUGGAGAGUUUCUCAAGUGCGUAUGUCUGCAGGUUUUGUCUUGGAGAACGGUCCCAAAUCCAAGUAUCUCAAUGUCUCAUCCUGCUAAACUUCGGAUCAUACUCAAAGACCAUAACAUUCGAAAAUUGGACUUACCACAUGGAAUCCCUGGAACAGUGGAGGAACUUGAAUCUAUUGUGAAAGACACUUUUGAGGUUGAUGGAAAGUUUACUUUGCACUAUAAGGAUGCUGACUUUGGAGAAGAAUAUUUUUCUCUGACAUCAACAGGUGAUAUCAAGGACAAGGACACACUCAAGGUGGUUCAGAUUAUUGAACCCCCCACAGUUACUCUGACAUUUAGUGAUGUAGACAGUUCCUUUAUAUCUGCAUCAGAGACCUUGGUCAAUGCUUCAGCAAUGUCAGAGACUUCCAGUGUGUCCUGUGGCACCAGUUGCUCAUCUGGAUCUCAGGAUACAGUAAUUCUUUCCUCACCUGAACAUCUGAGUCAGCGUUUACACAGCGCUGGCCUACCAGUUUUCUGUUCCUCGCUUUGCUUAUGA